GGCUGGCCCAAACAACUCUAUAAAAUGGUCCUACCUAAACAAAAGCUGAAUUCAACAAUUCGCAGCUCUACUUUUUUUCAUUUCUUAGAAAAUCUGAAUCUCUAGAAAUUUCGAAAUCCUUUUUUCCGAUUUACAUUUUCUUUUGCCAGUCAGUUCUUCUGCUUCGAAGAUUUCUCCUUUCAAUUCCUCUUAUCGCCUGGUUUCGGCAAAUUGGAACAGAUACGAGGGGUAGAAUUGGUAAAAGAAAGAAAUCUGCAUGAACUGGUUGGGAAAGCUGGGUUACUAUUUCCUGUCGUCGAAUUCGAACCAUUUCUUAACGCGAUUUUUGAUAUUUUUUCUUCAUUUCUCUCCUCAAUUUUCUCCAUCAUCAUUUUAUAAUAAGAAGAUAAAUUUUUCGUCGUUAUCAUCAUCAUCAUCAUCAUCGUCAAUUAGCAGUAAUCUAAUUCCUAAGUCUAUCUCUAAUCGUCGGUUAUUAUUGAAUCAUGGAGUCUGGAUUCAGGAGUAAUCGCCAGCAAUUGCGUCGAGCUCUUUGUUAUUCGAAUGAUGGGAGGAGGCAAACAACCUUGCCAUCUGUGAUAGUGAUAGGUGGUGGUGUUGCUGGAGUAGCGGCUGCUCGUGCUCUUCAUGAUGCUUCAUUUCAGGUUGUGUUGUUGGAAUCUCGUGACAGACUUGGUGGUAGAGUUCACACUGAUUUCUCAUUUGGUUUUCCUGUUGACCUGGGUGCAUCGUGGCUGCAUGGUGUCUGCAAAGAAAAUCCCUUGGCCCCUCUAAUUGGGAGGCUGGGACUACCAUUGUACCGAACUAGCGGUGAUAAUUCUGUGUUGUAUGACCAUGAUCUUGAAAGCUAUGCUCUUUUUGAUAUGGAUGGGAAUCAGGUUCCUCAAGAAUUGGUCUCUAAGGUUGGGGAAACUUUUGAGAGAAUUUUGAAAGAGACAGAGAAAGUAAGAAUGGAAUACAAUGAAGACAUGUCCAUAUUCAGUGCUUUCUCAAUUGUUUUUGAAAGAAGACCAGAAUUAAGGUUGGAGGGUCUUGCCCAUAAGGUGCUUCAAUGGUACUUGUGUAGAAUGGAAGGCUGGUUUGCUGCUGAUGCUGAUACCAUCUCCCUUAAGUGCUGGGAUCAGGAAGAACUGCUUCCAGGUGGGCAUGGGCUUAUGGUGAGGGGCUACCUUCCUGUCAUAAACACUCUUGCCAAAGGACUUGAUAUCCGCUUGGGCCACAGGGUAACAAAAAUUGUUAGGCAUUAUAAUGGUGUAAAGGUAACAACUGAAACUGGGAGGACAUUUGUGGCAGAUGCUGCUAUUGUUGCUGCUCCUCUUGGAGUGCUGAAAUCCAGGGCCAUAACUUUUGAACCUAGGCUUCCAGAAUGGAAGGAAGAAGCCAUUAAAGACCUUGGAGUGGGAAUUGAGAAUAAGAUUGCAUUGCACUUUGACAAGGUAUUCUGGCCAAACGUAGAGUUCUUGGGAGUGGUUGCAGAGACAUCUUAUGGCUGCAGCUACUUCCUAAAUCUACACAAAGCUACUGGUCAUUCUGUUCUUGUUUAUAUGCCUGCUGGACAGCUGGCCAAAGACAUUGAGAAAAUGUCUGAUGAAGCAGCGGCCAAUUUUGCUUUCUUGCAACUCAAGAAGAUCCUACCUGAAGCCUCUGCCCCGAUUCAGUAUCUUGUUUCUCACUGGGGCUCAGAUAUCAACUCACUCGGUUCCUAUAGCUAUGAUACAGUAGGCAAAUCCCAUGAUCUGUAUGAAAGGCUAAGGAUCCCUGUGGACAACCUAUUCUUUGCAGGAGAGGCGACCAGUAUGAACUACCCAGGGUCAGUGCACGGUGCAUUCUCUACUGGACUGAUGGCUGCAGAAGAUUGCCGGAUGCGAGUUCUAGAGCGAUACGGUGAGGUAGACUUAUUCCAGCCAGUCAUGGGUGAGGAGGCGUCAGUAUCUGUUCCUCUCUUGAUAUCUCGUAUGUGACUUAUCGGGUGGCUAUAGUAUGUGAAAGCGUGUAGGCAUGUUAACAUGGGAUCAGAGCUGACACAAAGUUGCCAUUUUGAUUGGAUAGUCUAGGGAAUUAUGGGGAAAUUACUGUUUCCUCUAGACUAAUCACACUGGUAAAUGUGAAGUCUCCUGUGUAACAGGAAAUUACUCUGCAAUUAUUAUUGGACAAACAGAACAGUAUAAUAUUAUAUUGUGCCAUAGACUUAUUCUAAAGCUGGUUAAUAGAUUUGUCUCCUUUAAGAAUGAAGAACCUUCCUUUUUCUUA